UCGCGCAUCCCUCCCCUCAAUAACAUCAAGAGUAGCCACAGCGGAUUUCCCCUCCGUAGGAUUCAUCGGACUCUCCAAAAAUUCCGCUGUUGGGAGAGAAAAUGCGGGGAGGGUGGGGAUCACCCAACUGUAGAUCACCAAGCCAUGAGAAAGCCCUCAACAGAACCAGCCGCAGUCCAUGUCAGCGAACAGAAGGAAAUACUCGAUUCAAAUUCCAUGACCAUGAGGUGAGUGGUCAGGUUUCCUAGAAUACAUUCACUUGUCCCAUGAAGUUUUGGUACUUCUUUUUAUCGUUACACUGAUUCAUCAUGCAGUCCUACAGCCAUGACCCAGGAAGAAAUUCGUUGCGAUACACGUAAGAAAUACUGGGCGAUGGGAUAUUAUAUCGAUCUAUCUAUUCUGGCGCACAGACAGAACGAAGGUUUGAUCGGAAAUUGACUUUCGAGUUAUUCGUACCUCCAUGGAGCACUGCUUGCGCUUACACAUUUUGUCACUACUCCAAUACCACAGCUCCCUCUGAAAGUAUAUAACUGUUCGGCAAGUCCUCCAUUGACAAGUUUCUUCGUGACCAAGGUCUUCAUCCAUCCUCGGUUAUCUUCAUUCCCCUCCCACAAAUCAAGUUUCUGGCCGUACUUAAACAAAAUGCGCUUUAUUGCAGUCAUCUUCGCAGCCGCCGCCGCCUCGUUGUCACAGGCGAUGGCAUACGACGAUUCCAUCCAACCUGAGCUUUACGAAUCGAUCCACCAGGCAGAAAACAUUUUGGCGGAAACCUUGGACACCAAGAAUUACGAACGACUUGGAGAAUCCAUGACGGAGGACGUCGUCUACGACAGCCGCCCCCUGGGCCCCGACUAUGGUGGCCUCUCUGUCGGCCUCGCGCAGACGACCGCCAACAUCAAGGCCGCAUUCGGCGACGCUCUGGUCGCGCAUCACGUUUCCAACGCCAUCAUCAAGCCUCAGCCAGACGGCCAAGCGGCAAAUGUCACUACUUAUAUCGUCUGGUCCCGCUGGGAUCCUGCCGCGCUGAGCGACCCGAAGAAAUCUUUCCGCAUCUACGAGCGAUGCGACGACUUCUUCGUUGUUGACGAUGGUAAAUGGAAGUUGCAGUACAGCUUGGUUACGCAGCUGGGUCCGAAGCCAGAGAGCCCAUACUUUGUCGAGCCUUAA